AAUAGAAAGAAACAGCCGCUUAAAAAACGCAAACCGAAAACAUAGCAUAAAACCACCAGUCGCGAGGAUCUGGCGCUAGGGUUUUAGGCCUUUUUUUUCUCGCCGUCGCCGCCAUGUAUGGCAACUCCGGCCAAGCGCCCCUCUAACGCGGCGGGGGCCUCGCCCGUCCCCCGCCGCCACCAGGCCGCGGUCUCCACGGUCUCCACCGCCCAGAUCCUCCGCGCCUCCGGCUACUCUGCCGCGGAGGCGGCCGCGCUCCGCGCGCUCUCCGACAUCGCCGGCCGCUACAUCGAGUCCCUGGGCCGCGCCGCCGCGGCCUUCGCCGAGGUCCACGGCCGCACGGAGCCAAACGUCGCCGACGUCGUCCUCGCGCUCGAGGACCACGCGCUCGGCGGCUUCCCCGGCGCUUCCGACCCCGCGCGGCCCGUGCUCUGCUCCGGUGCGCUCGCGGAGCUCGCCGGGUUCGUCGACGCUGUGACGGAGGUGCCGUUCGCGAAGCCCCUGCCGAGGAGGGAUCCGGGCUCCGGCGCCGGCAAGGGGUGGGAGAGCUUCGCGGCUGCGGAGAGGGAGCCGCCGCUGAGGCACGUUCCGCAGUGGCUGCCCCGCUUCCCCGAGGGGUGGGAGGAGCGGCUGCACGGCCGCGGCGGCGAGGCAGAGGCGAAGGACGAGGAGGACGCGGGGGAGGUGGUGGCCGUGAUGGCCAACGGUAACGGCGUGGAGAACGGCAGGAGAGCCGUGCCGGAGAACAGGGAGAAGGUUUCGUUCUGCUUGAGGGAGAAGCGGCGGCGGCAUGCGGUGCCACCGGAGAAGUUCGGUGGCGCCUUGGAACGAUUCGUGAAAAAAAAAGAAAAGUUCCUGUAAAAUAUCAUCAAAAGAUGAGUGUUCCUGGUUGCGCUUGCGCAUCGAUCCCGCGACGUAGCUGGCCGCGGACGCGGGCCUAGCCUAUGAGUGUUUGCGAGACUGUAGACCACCGCGGCAGAGCAUGCUCCGGUAGUAAAAUUCCACUGAUUAAAUUAUUUAUUUAUCACGAGUAUGAUCUUUU